GGGAGAGGGCGUGACACUUCUCCGCGCUGCUCACUUCCUGGUCUCUCUCCCUCCCAGUAGGACUAGGGGCAGCUCGGGUAGCCACUGACGCCUCCUGCUGCAGUAGCAGCUCCGGGGCGUCGCGCGCUUGGCGUCCCAGGCUCGCGAGGCGAAUGGAACGUUGCGUUGGGCGACGGAACGUUGACCCGGGUGGCGGCGAGGUCCUGAACGGGGGUGGCGGCGGCAGCGGGCGGGCUGGACCAGCAGCAGCUGCGGGGACCGGCGGCGACGGCUUCUUAUGCGGCUCCCUUUCUGCAGCCUGGAAUCUUCUACAUGCUUCUCAUACCGUUAUGCAGAAGGAGCUUUCUGAGUUUCAUUUGUAAAGCAGAAGACGACUAUUUUUGAUUCUUUUUCACAUGCAAGUAUGGACAUUAUAAUCUAUGAUGAUUACUCCAAUCCACCGCUUCAGAGAUAUUGAGAGGAAACCUGAAUACCUCCAGCCAGACAAGUGUGUUCCACCUCCUAGCCAUAGUUCCUUGGGAACAAUGUGGUUUAUUCGAGAUGGCUGUGGUAUUGCAUGUGCUGUUGUUACCUGGAUGCUUGUCUUCUAUGCAGACUUUGUAGUCCUUCUUGUUAUGUUAGUUCCAUCAAGAGACUAUAUUUAUAGUGUGAUCAAUGGGAUAUUGUUCAACAUGUUGGCUUUCCUGGCUUUGGCUUCACAUUUUCGAGCUAUGCUAUCAGAUCCGGGUGCUGUGCCCAAAGGUAAUGCCACAAAAGAAUUCAUUGAGAGCUUACAGCUGAAGCCAGGACAGGUUGUUUAUAAGUGUCCAAAAUGCUGUAGCAUCAAACCAGACAGAGCACAUCACUGCAGUGUUUGCAAGAGGUGUAUUCGGAAAAUGGAUCAUCACUGUCCAUGGGUUAAUAACUGUGUAGGAGAGAAUAACCAGAAGUACUUUGUACUGUUUACAAUGUAUAUAGCACUAAUUUCCAUGCAUGCCCUAAUCAUGGUGGGAUUUCACUUCCUGUAUUGCUUUGAAGAAGACUGGACAAAAUGCAGCUCCUUCUCUCCACCAACUACAGUGAUCCUUCUUAUCCUCUUGUGUUUUGAGGCUCUCUUGUUUCUCAUCUUCACAUCUGUAAUGUUUGGGACCCAGGUACACUCCAUCUGCACUGAUGAAACGGGAAUAGAACAAUUGAAAAAGGAAGAGAGAAGAUGGGCUAAAAAAACAAAAUGGAUGAACAUGAAAGCAGUAUUUGGCCAUCCGUUCUCUAUAGCAUGGCUUAGCCCAUUUGCUACUCCAGACCAAGGAAAGGCAGACCCAUACCAGUAUGUGGUCUGAAGAAUUUCCACUAAAAUAAAACCACAUUUCAGCACUACUGUUGUAUAAUUUUUAUAUGAAUGUUUAAAACAAAACGUAAAACAGAAACUCUUUUUAUGUCUAUUAAAGGCUGUUCGUUGCAGAGAAAAAAAAAAAAGCCCUGUAUUCUGCAAUUUUAGAUAAUACUAUGUCUCUGGUGGCUGAAGUGUCUUCUUUUUUUUCUGUUUUUUUUUGUUUUGUUUUGUUUAACUUGUUAACUUUACUGGCCUUUGUUUCUAUCUGCUUCCUGUAUGGCAUAAUUAAUGUGAAGGAGACCCUCUUUCUCUGUUGUGCCUGUCUCUGCUAACCGAGUAGACUGUAAUGCUGUCUCUAGACUGUGAGGGUAUCUGUGUAAGUGCCAACAGUGCCAUCUUCCUACACAGAUAUCUUUGGACUUCCUAAUGGUGUGUACAGCUCUGACUGGGCAAUGAGUUUCUUUCAUAAAAGAGGACGUUAGCUGAGAAAUAGACACUUUGCUUACUGAACAUUGAAAGGUGGAAGAUGAGGGUGUGAUGCUGUGCAAGAGCCAAUUAAUAGUGUGGUCACAUGCAGUUAAAGUAUUUAAAACAAAUGUUGCCAAUACCACCUUUUUUGUUUCCAGAGACAAAACCGAUUCCAUCUUUCUGGCAUUCUUUUGUCUGCUCCCUCCCUUGUAAGUAGGAAACGUUUCCCCUCUAGGGAAAAUAUGGCAACUUUGGUGGAAGACUCUCUUAAUUAAAUGCCUUACACUUAGAGGAAAAAAGAAAUUUCAUUUUAAAACUCUUAGGAUCAUCUUUCAGAGUAACAGCCGUGUUAGUCUGUAUCCGCAAAAAGAAGAACAGGAGUACUUGUGGCACCUUAGAGACUAACAAAUUUAUUAGAGCAUAAGCUUUC